CCGAAUAGCACUCCAAAAUGAAUCACAAUCCCAAUCCCUAAAAAAUAAACCGAUAUUCGAUAAUACCAAAUAGUGAUAAAUUCGGUACGGUAUUCGAUAUAUCCCAAAUACCGAUACCAAACUUCCAGUCCUAAUUACAACACGUACUGCUACAACUCAUCAUUCUUAGCCAUAGAAUCAACCCCUCGUAUCCGUGGCAACAGUAGAGUGGGAGCUAUCUAGCUCUUGUUGAAUAUAAGCUUUGAUUAAAUAGUGAUGGUGGUAUGGUGAAUGUCGCCAACAUAGAUAAGGCCGGCCUCUCUAUAAUUCGCAAGGAUCACUAAGCCAAAUAUGUCGCCAAUCAAUGUUUUUAGCCCCACAGCUUUCCUUUUGAAUAUCAUCAUUUCUCACUAUUACUAAGGCUCCCACUUCACUCAAAUUUGAGUUAUUUUUGCUCCUAGCUACUCCUAUUUUUGUCAAUAAAUAAGAAUCUUGGGUUAUGAUGAUUAUUAUCACUAACUAAGAAACACACAAAUACGUACAUAUAUUUUAUAUCUCUAAAGUCUAAACCCCACAUCCAUUUGCUGCUCCUUAUCCCUUACAGUCGUUUUCUUACUCACCAUCAAAACUUGGCUUCCAAACAACUGCAGUAAUGGAGGGGGGAAAAAAAAAGAAAUCAUAUAAAAGUUCACACAAAUUUUUUUUUUAAUUGGAUACAUAAGAUAAACGGAGUACUAAACUGCCACUGAUUGUACACUUUUUCUUUUAAUGAAGAGUUAUACGUACACUACUUCAUAUUCAUUUACUGUAAUCAAAAUCACACUUUAAAGUUUAAGGUUUUAUGUUUUUAGACCAUCAAAAUGCUUCUACGUAGAAUUGCGCUCUUGACUGCAUAAUUCAUCUGUUUCAUUUGUAUGGUUAUUUGGAAUAUGGAAACACAGGGGAUGUAUAUAAUAUAGAUGAAUGGAAAACAAAAGUAAAAAAACAUAUGAGGUUUAUCUAAAAUAAUAUUAUACUUAAGAGUUAAGGUGAUAAUUUCGAGUUGAUCUAUUUCAUCUGUGUGUGAGUAUUCUCGUCAACCUAAUGUGUUUGGACUCCCUUUAUUGUUAGAUGCAGAAGCCGGGCAAAAACAUGGGUAAAAACUAAAAACAAUUAAACUCUUCUUACUCUUGUCUUGAAAAUUUCACCUAAAUAAUUUCCAUUUUACACAAUUGAUCUCGAGGUUUGAACAUAAAUUUUGGCGAAUGGUACCCGUCAAUUCUGUGGGACAAUGAUGCCAUUUUCAACGUGCGGAAAGAAAGAAGCUAUAUUUUGGAAGUCGGUUGAGACUUGAGAGUAGUAGGCCAUGCUGAAGCUGAAAGUUUAGGGAAAAAUGAAUAGUGGUUGGCAGCAGGCAGCAGAGGAACAAAUUAAGAAGAUAUUUGUGCUGAUUGGUUUGAUCUCGGUUAAUCACUAAUUUAUUUGGGAUUAGUGGUUAAUUUAUAAGCAAAAAAUGCAUACAAAAAUCGAACAAAUAAGGUUUAUUAGUUGAAUCGCACAUCAUCGGUUAGAUUCGUGGGUAGUUUUGUGAUUAAUCAAUAACUAAUAACAACCUCCCCAUGUUACAUUUUUAUUUUUCUCAUUUUGAAAUUAUAUAUGGUAUCUUUUCUAAUAAUAAAGUAUAAUCAUACGAAUAAUUCAAAACAAUUUAACUAUAAUUCUACCUUGUUAACAUACAAUAAUAAUAAGAAAUAGCAUCAAUACAAUACAACAUCGUGAAAUCAUAUUCCACUUCCAAAUUCCGCGCUUAAAAUUACAAAUAAUCAAACGUUUGCAUACAAUUAGCGUGUAACAACUAGCAAGACAUCAAAGACAAGCACCACAGGAUCAUCAUCAUUCACAAAAAAAAAAAAAAAAAAGAAACAAAGACUACUUGGGUGUGAGGUUCGCUCUAUCGCCUGCAUAGGAGAGUAGGAGAGGGGUGAAUUUCUCGUCUUACUCUUAAACAUACUUGCGAACUUUGAGUGGAUGGUUGUUUGCAAUAGUUGUGAAUUGAGAUGUUUAGAAUUGCAAUAUUGGUUGGCUUUGAAUCUUGUGACUUUUUGUUUCUAAAAUUAUGGUUAUUCCAGUAGGCAAUUAUAAGUUUUCUUAUCGGUUAAUAACCAACCAAAAUUACUCGGUUAGCGAUUAACCACUAAAUAAAAUACAGCUGGUCAAAACCAAACUACUAAAAAACCCAUUGAUAAUCAGCUCACACUAACCAUCAUUACCGAUUCAAUUAUCAAUUAAAACUCAUAACCGACUAACCAUUUACCACCCCUAAUCAUUCCUAGAGAGUUCAGAAAGAAAUAGAUAACCCACAAACCAACACAGCAAAGGAAAGGAAAAGGGGUCCAAUUGGAGGAAAAUAAAAUUGGGCGAAAUGGACGGUUCUGAUCAAUGGGCCCAAUACCUGUAUUUGGGAAAAAGUCAAGAAGAGUCUAGCAAUAGCAUAGCAACUACCACAGCCUUAAAACAUUUUUUUUUAAUUUAUUUAUAAAAAGACAUUGAUUAUUUUUAUUUUCUUAAUUUUGGCCCUAGCGGAGGGCAGUGGUUGAUAAAUCACAAUCACACUACUACACAUUUUCCCUCUAUCUGGAAAUCAAGCAAAUAACUAUAAAUAUUAUCAAAUCAUAAGAUAGAUAGAUCCUAACCAUGUCUAAUUAGUAACAUAAAACCAACCAAAGCAAAUGGAAGCAAAACAGAAAGGGUAGAGGAGCCCUUAGGAAGGGCACAUGGAAAUCCAUUUUUUCCCCCUUCUCCUUUUUGUUAAUUAUGGUUUUAUUGGGAGGGCACAUGGACUAGUGUGAAGCUAAAACAUGAAGGCAUGUGGAGAAGAAGAUUCACCCUUCUCUUCUUCUUCUUCUUCCUUUUAAUUCCCAUUAUCAUGGGAUUAUUAUUAAUUAAUUAAUUUCAUUUUCUUCCCCUCUGAACCAAUAAAAAGUCUUCCCACAAACGUUGUUUGCAAAUGCGGGCAUAUUAAUUAUUAUUUUUAAUUAGUAAUUAACACAAAUGGGAUGGGGUGUACUAUUCCAGAUAAUUGGGUGGUAAUGAAUAAUAACAAAUUUGUAAAGAAGAGUAUUUGGAAUCAACAAGACAUAUCUAAAUAUUAUUAUUUUUUCCAGGAUUUGCUGUCAAAAAUUUGUUUAUAUUUUUUAAGGAAAAGGGAAAGGGAACAUGGGCAUGGAUCCACCCAAUUCCAAUGGGGUAUCCCUUCAGCUUCCAACUAAUAAAGUCAUGUGAUGCUGCGACUCUGCUGCUUGCUUGUCCUUUCCCCUCUCUUUUUUUUUUUCUUCCUUCACUUAUUUAAAUUUUGCCCCUCUUUUAAUUAUUAAUUAUGUUGCAUUUCCCCACUUCCUUCACAAUAUAUAUUUCCAUGUAGGACCCUAGCUAGUUAAUAUUCCCCUACGUACCAAAGCAAGCAAGCAAACUACAUAUGUCAUACCAUUAGCUAGGGCGGUAAAUGAGUCGAGCAGUUCGACGUUCGGUUCAAGCGAAAAACUCAUUUAACAUUCGGUUCGUUUAUUAAUGAGUCGAGUUUGAGCUAUGUCUUGUUCGGCUCGCAAGGCUUGUGAGCUAGUUUGGUUUGGUGCCUUGUUGAACUCAACUAGUUAGCUUGCUCGUUUUGAAUUAGCUCAAACUGUAGUUAGCAAGCCAGCUCGACUAACAGCUUAUGAGCAAAUCGAUCAAUAGAUUAUGAGUUGACUUGUCGAUUAUCAAUUGAAUUGUUAAAAUGAUAUAUCUCACCACAUAUGAUGUUUAGUAUUUUCAGUACUUGAUGAAAAUAUCUCAUUUAUAAUGUAAAAAAAGUUAUGUAUUAUAAAUUGCUUAUAUACUAAUACUAUUAAAUAAUAAUUGUGAACUAAAUAAUAUAAUUUUGAGCUCGAGUCAAGAUCAUGAGCUGAUUGAUGAUCCACGAGUUCGAUGUUGAGGUUGAACUCUCUGCUCAUUAAUGAGUUAAUGUCAAGUUGAGUUCAAGUCAAAUACGAGUCAAAAUUUCAAUAAGUAAGCUGAGUUACCUAGUUUGGACUCAAUUUUCUGAUAAACGAGGCAAAUUUGAGCUCAGCUAAUUUACUAAAGAAUUAUACCCAAACUACAUCAAAAUUUCACUCGACUCAUCUGCAUCGGAUACAUACACUAGGAACUAGGAAAACUCAUGAAAACAAAAGAAAAGAGGGAAAAAAGUUCCCUAUCCUAUACAUAUACCCAUUUCUUCCUAUUUACUAUUUAGAUAGAAUAGAUACAUCGAUCCCUAGUAGAAUAAAAAAUAUAUUUCUGUAGGGAGGGAAGAAUAUACUUACUAAUGAUUUUGCCAAUCACAAGCCUACACUUUUUCACACAAACCCACUAAACUACCUAGCUAUCUAGCUAUGAUAGAAAAAAGGCAAACAAUAAUUAAAUUUAUUAAUCCAUUCAUUCAUAUUUUAUAAAUUUAUUAGCAAGAACCCUAGCUAGCCUUUCCCAUGCAUGCACACCACCUGCUUUUCAACUUCCCUUUUCCUUUCCCCCUCUCACUUUAAACGGUUUCUUUUGGGGGGUUUGGUUAGGUCAAUGGAUCAAACAGUAUUCUGCUAAGAAAAUAUAUAUGGGUAGCUUCACUUUUCAUAUCCACAAUCAUUCUGCUUCCUACUAUGCAUUUCUCCAACAAUUUGAUUAUAAUUCUGACUACUGUUGGUGUUAGAAAAUCUUAGCGUGAUUCAAUAAUCAUAGAUCGAAAAGAAGUUGUACGAUCACCAGGAUGUCGGAAGGACGCAGUUAGAUUUUUUCCCCCACUAACAACUGAACUAGUGAUUUGAGAAAUAUCUCUAACAUCAAAUAUCCACUAUUACAUGACAAUUAUUUGAAUAAUAAUGCAUAACUUAGCAUAUUAAUGCAAAAACUGUGUUGUGGAUGGGAGGGUUUUGGCAUGCCUAGCUAGUGUCACAAUCCAGACCCAAUUCAGUUCCCCCUGGCCUUUAAUUUUGAUGGGUUUCAAUUCUUUGUUCCAAUCACUUGAGAAAGAAGACCAGUGAAGAAAUACAGCCAGCAGGAGGACAGGAAGCUAUUGUAUAACAUCACUGUUCAUUUGGGUCCAUCUCCAUUUGAAAAAAAACAAUACUUGAUAUAUUCCCUUUCAUGGGUCCAAUAUGUGUCUCCCAACUUUUUUACAUGCUAGAAAGGGGGGAAAAGUGAGAUAGAGAAAGAACAGUAGUAGUAUAUUGAUGUGUUUUUACCAUCUGUUUAAUUUGUUUCUGAUUUUCCCUUUUGUACUUUCUUUCAUAUUCUGUGAUUUGAUCACAUUUUUUUUGGGUACAAAGCCACAUAAUUCAAUUGUCCACCAUAUUCCCACUAUAGUGAUAACAGUAUCAACAAUGUGUGUACAAAGAGUCUUGUCACACUUGGGGUUGUUCUAUUGGUAAGUGGGUGGUGGUGUGGAGCUUCAGUUUCUCUUACCUGUUCGAUGAAAUGCCUCACUGAGAAAUCACAUCUCCAUCUCCUGCCUCUGGUGUGCUGGUUUGCUGUAUUUAGGCAAUCAGGCAGUAAAAUUUGUAGCUUCAUCAGCUACAGGGGAGCAUUUCUCUGUCAAUCAGAAACAAGGAGAAAGAAGAAAACCAAUUUCAAUUCCUAGCUAUCCUUUGUUUCAGUGUGUGAACAAUGGAAAUUGUACAGAAUGGACAGCCAGGUCAAAAACAGAAAAGGGUAAUCAUCAAGUAUACUUUUUGGGUAGCAAAAAAAAAAAAAAAAAAAAAAAAUUGAUGGGGGUAAGUAAAAUGGUGGACUGCUGGUAAUUGUAACUUUAUGAAGAUGAUUCCUUUCUUUACUUUUUUUCUGUUCUUUCAAAGGCUUCAUUGAUUGAGCUUUUUGAAGUUUUCAAUUUCCCCAUGUUUUCAUCUGAUCGACACCCAGAAGAAAGAAAGAAAGAAAGAGGGCCUCUGCUUUUUAUGUAAGGAUAGGACAUGCACUUAUUCUGUCAUUGAAAAAAAAACACAACUGUUAUUGUAGUUACACAUGGUUACACACGUAUUGGUAGGGUUUUAAUUCAGAUGAGAUAAUCAGUGCACGAUGAAAUGAUCGUCGAGAGGCGGCCCUGCUACUGCAACUGUCAUGAGAGAAAGAACACAGCAAUCCCUUUCACAGGAGCUGUGCAAUAUUGAUUAAAGACAAUGUAAGGAACAGAGGCUAGCUAGAAUCAUAACAUAUCAUCAUCAUUGUCAUUUGUACCUACAUGUAUAUAUAUAUAUGCCAUUAGCAAGAUGCCAAGGUUCAAAGAGACAAGUCAAUCUUCGGUACUAGGGUUUGUUCGAACCGUCCCGGUUCGGGGUUAACCGAUAAUUAGAUAGGUUUCCAUCACAUGUGUGCUGACCGAAAUCAAUCAACACGGGCUACACAACCCGUCUCGAAUGUUAAAAAAGCACGUCGUGACAACCUUCAUACAUUCGUGUUAUUCCGGGGGGAAGAAUGGUGAUGAUAUUUAGCUAGAGUAGGAUAGGGUAAGGUAGUAACUUGUGCAACAUGUGAUAUUAGUAUUAGAAUAUUGAUGGGAAUGAGCUAGGGAGGUGAGAAUGGGGGGGAAGAAGAAGGUGACGAAUGCCAUUUCCAAAUUUUGGAGGCAGUGAGUGGCAGAGGUGAGUGGGGGCAGAAAGACAAAAAAGACCAGUGGGUUUUUUUGCUAGGACUUUUUCCCUUUCACAAACACACAACAAAGCCAUCUCUCCAUUGCACAAUUGACGCAAAGGAAGACAGAGAGACUGAGGUGAAGGAAAACUGAUCAGAGUAUUGAAAGAAAGAAAGAAAGAAAGAAAGAAAGAAAGGGUUGAGGGAUAAUGGGAUGGGAAAGAGGUUCUGGCCCUGAUGCAUGAUACCUGUUGGUGGGUUAGGUAGCAACCUCUGCCCCCCUCUCCCUCUCUUCCAUUGGACCCAUCUCUCUCUCUCUCCUCACAUUAGAUUCCCUACACUGCAUUGCCCUUUCCUCUCUCUCUCUCUCUCUCUCUAGCUAGGGCCAUUUGAGAGGAGGAAAGGAAAGGAAAGGAAGGAUGCAGCCAAAUGAGUUUUUUGGUCACUUAGCUCUCAACUCUCAAGCAAGCAACCUCCUGGCUAGCUUAAAUCCAUCCUAGCACCUUCUUUUUUGAUCUCUUCUUCUAUUCAUAAGAGGUAGAGGACAAAGUAUAGCAUAGAUGAUAGAACAACUAGCCUUGUCAUUGAUUGUUUUUCAUCAUAAUCAGGAUCAAGCUAGUGUGAACAAUAAUUUGGAGAUGAUUGCUUCUUCUCUUUUUUUUACUUUAUUAGUUCCCUUCCCUCUGUGGCAGCUGAGAGUCACCCAGUUCAGAUUAAGUUCCCAAUAUAAUAAUCAUCAGAGUUACCAAGAAAAGAGGAAUAUGAUUGAAUUAAGUAUUGUAAUUAUGGAACAAGUGUCCUUUCUUAAGAACAAACAGCAAUUAGUUUAUUAUGUCUGUUAAAAGCAUAUUAGGAAAAUGAAAAGAGAGAAAGCAGAGAGGGUUGAGAGAUUGAUUAAUGCCCCUUGAAAAUGACAUUGGGAUUUGUGGAACUUUCUUUGCAUUGCUAUAUUGUAUUUGCAUGGCAGAGCCACAGACACCAGCACCACCAUUCCAUCCAUGCAGGCAGAGGCAGAGGCAGAGGCAGCUAAGCAAAGCAAUAUACAUUAUAAAAUAUCACACAGCCCACACAAGUUGGCACAAUUCUGCAGAGAACAUGAUUUCAGCAGUUCUUUGACAGUCCUCUCAUUUUUUUUUUUUUUAUUACUUUGCUGAUCUAUGAACACAUAUUUCCAUCCUCUUCUAAUCAAAAGGGAAAAAUGGGUGGGUGAAUCUCAUCCUCUAGACAAAAGUAAAUCCAGAGAGGUUCUUGCUUACUUCAAGAAAAGGGAGGUCACAGUCUGAGUACUGUUGAUUGAUUUGACUAUUUACUGGUAUUCAGAGAGUUUAUUUAUUAUUUAUUUAAAGAUGGUAUUCUUUUUAUAAUAUAAGAAACAGUAAACCCACACAGAAAAACAAGAGGAUUCCUUCUUCUUCAUAUAUAGAGAAGCAUAACUACAGAAUCACCAUCUUCCCCUUCCCUCUCCUUCCUCUUUCUCUCUCUCUCUCCCUUCUUCACUCUAAUAAAAGCCCCCAUCCAUUCCCCUCUUUCCAUCACAAAAUCUGGUAUGAAAGAGAAGCUAUUAAUAACUCUUCUCCAAGGAAAUUGAUAAGCUAAGGUAUAUAAGCUGUCUAUAUCAUCAACCCUCUUUGCCCAAAUACCACUUCCCUCCUAUCUUUCCCUCUCUCUCUUUCUCUUUCUCUUUCAGUUUUUGAUCGAGAUUCCACCUUUCUGGGGAGGGGGAAGCUACACAUAUCACACAUCCUGAGAAAAAAGUCAUUCUGCAAUCUCUUCACAACAACAGGAAGCAUGAGAAAACCAGACUGCUAUGUUCACUGCCUGUGAGAUUUGUGGCAGAAAGUCCAGUACUACAAGGAGCUAGGAUAAUAUAAAGUCAAUGACUUGCAAUGGGAUGGCUUUCUUCCAAACAAACUUCAUGCUCCAAACCCAUCAUGAUGAGGAAGAAGAAGAUCAACAUCACCAGCCUCCAACUACUCUCAACCCAAUGCUCCCUUCCUGCACACCACAGGACUUCCAUGGGAUGGCAUCAUUUCUGGGGAAGAGAUCCAUGUCAUGUUCAGGGAUUGGAGAUCAUGAGUUAGAUGGAGUUAAUCAUGGAGGGGAUCAGCUGGAUGAGCUGUCAGAUGAUGGGUCACAGGCAGGGGAGAAGAAGAGGAGGCUGAACAUGGAGCAGGUGAAGACAUUGGAGAAGAACUUUGAGUUGGGGAACAAGCUUGAACCAGAGAGGAAAAUGCAGCUGGCUAGAGCUCUUGGGCUGCAGCCUAGGCAGGUUGCUAUUUGGUUUCAGAACAGGAGGGCCAGGUGGAAGACCAAGCAGCUUGAGAAAGAUUAUGAUGUCCUGAAGAGACAGUAUGAAGCUGUCAAAGCUGAUAAUGAAGCUCUUCAAGCCCACAACCAGAAGCUUCAUGCUGAGAUAUUGGGACUGAAAAGCAGGGGACCAACACAUGAAGCAAUCAACCUGAACAAAGAGACUGAAGGGUCCUGCAGCAACAGAAGUGAGAGCAGCUCAGAUAUCAAGCUGGACAUCUCAAGGACACCAGCAGCCAUUGACAGCCCUCUAUCAAGUCAACACCCAACCACAACAACAAGCAGUGGCAGGCCAUUCUUCCCAACUACAUCAUCUCAUCAUCAUCAUCAACAACAACAGCAUAAUAAUGUUAGGCCUCCAUCAGCUCCAUCUGGUCUAGUACAACAGCUUUUCCACAACAACAACACCACUUCAUCUUCAAGUCAACACCAUCCUCAAUUAGGCCUCCAGUGUCACAAGAACAUUGAACAGAUUGUGAAGGAGGAAACCCUAACCACCAUGCUCUGUGGCAUGGAUGAUCAGUCUGGGUUUUGGCCAUGGCUUGAGCACCAACAGUUCAAUUGAGAACUUGAUGGUGAUGAUAAUGGUGAUAAGUUGAAGAGUGAUUAGUAACAAGAAGAAGAAGAAGUGGGGCCAAGAUUGGAUAUUGAUUGUACAACUAGCUAGCAAAUGGCAACUUCUGCAUACAAAGUUUUACCACCACCACCUUCUCCCCACAACCAUGCAGAAGAAGAAGAAGAAGAAGAAGAAGAAAGUUUGGUAAUUUAAUAUUAUUUUUUUCCUCCCAAGUGUUUGUUAAUUUUUGAAUGUUGAUUAUAAAGAGAAAGAAUCCUCCUCCCAUGUGCUGAUGGUGCUUAAUUAUAAUAUAUUUGGGUGCAUAUAAACAAAUAGGAGGUUAAGGAGGUGAUGAUGAAGAAGGUGCUCUUGAGUCUCAAGUGACUGAUAUAUUUUUUUUCCUUUGAUUUGUUUUUUCUUUAUUUUCUUUAUUUCUCCAGUGAAUUGAGAGGGAAUAAAGAAAAAGGGGUUUGUGUCCUUUUUUUUUAGUUACAGUUUUCACAUACCAUGUUCUCAUUUUUUUUUUCUUUUCAUUUUGGUUGUAGUUUGUUCAUUCUUAUCAUCAAUCUCUCUUCUGGGUUUUUUUUGUUUUGGUUUUUUGAGAGUUACUACUGAGUCGGCAUCUAGUUUCUUGCUUGUUAAGUAUAUCAGCAUUGACAAUCAAACACAUACAUACAUAUAUUUUUGUUUUUAUUAAGCUUUUUGAGCCCUAUCGUACUCUAGUUCUUCGGUGUUAAUCGAAUUACGAUUAUAUGUUAUCAUCCUACGUUAUGUUGAUAGUCUUAGGGUCAGGGGAGACAAAUUUUCUGCAGCUAAUAAAAGGGAUGAAUGAAUUAAAACCCAGAAAGUUAAAAAAGAAAAAAUGGUUUUCUUUGUUAAGGAAUGGCAUCAAAGCUCGCAUUCCCAACACUGCUAAACACGACAAACAGCAAAAGAAAGGAAACUGUGAAAGAGAACAAAAAAAGAGGGGUAGGGUUGGGAAAAGGAAAAUGGUGUAUAUAGUUCCAGUGAAGGCGACACUAGUUGCCAAGCUUUGCUGCUUCAAAGUUUUUUCCCGAUUCAUGUAUGCGCCCAUCUCCUCUCAACUUACUACUGUUCACACAAUUGAUAGAUCAUCAAAAUAUCGCCUUCAUAUACACAUCAACAAUGUACAGCUAGCGACUAUACAUCCCCCUCAUUGACUUGUUACAGGAAAAAAUGUCCAGCAUUCCUAGCUAGAGAGCUAGCUAUACCGCGGUCGUCUUCGAUAUGGUGUGUUAAGUGCAUCCUCCUCCUCUGCGUACGUAAAACGCGCGCGACGCGAGACUCGAUCUGAUGGGUUGUGUGAUGAGUUUCUACCUCGCCAUGGAGGAGGAUGCGCUUACAUAUGCAUCAGUCGUGCUAUAGUGCAGGAAGGUCCAUUUCGAGUUAGACGUGGAGGAAGGAAGGAUAUCAAAAGUCUUUUAAGGGUCGUUUUUUGGUGUUACAUUAUUAUUACGAAAGCGAUGUGUUAUACAUGUUUAUUUGAUUUGUUAUUUUUUGUAGAUUCGGAGCCGCACACUAGAGAUUUGCACAACGCAACCAACACAUGCAGCAACAGUAGCAGUAGUAGAGGAAAUAUUAAUUAUAUUAUAUAGAAAUUGAUGAGAGGCUGUUACGUUGCUUCUUGUGAAUGGAAAGAUCGAGGAGGAGAGAAAAGGGAUUCAUGUGACUAACCCACUACUACUACAACGAUACGAUUAGGGGUGUCAGUUCGGGUCGGGUUCGGUUACCCGAACCGAAACCCGAAAAACCCCGAAAAUCCAAACCGAAAAACCACUAAAACCGAACCCGAAACCGAUAAGGACUUGCGGGUUCCGGUUAUCCUAAACCCGAAAAUUUCUUAUCGGGCUCGGGUUCGGUUAAAGCAAAACCGAAACCCGAACGCCUAAGAAUACGGGUUGAGUUCUAUUCAUUGGAGGUUUUUAGCCGGAACCCGAAAAACCGGUAAGCAAAACCGAAACCGAAACCAAAAAACCCGAAACCCGAAA